AUGCCGUCCUCAAUCAGCUUUUCCGCUGGAACCUCCACCAACACAUCCAACAACUCCAUCUACGCCCGUCCACAGAAGAAACAGAAGAUGAGCAUCACCCAGACCUACUUCCUCGCCCACAGUGCCCGCGGCAAGCUCUCGAAAGAGGCUUCCCGGCCUGACCAUGACCUUCGAUUGCUUGUUGGACACGCCAACAUGCUCGACUCCCUGAUGCUCGACCUGGCCAAUGCCGAGCGAGAACAAGAACAAUGGUUCAACAACAUCGUCUCCGGCUCUUCCGGCGCCGAGGAACAAGAGGAGAAGAGUCGAAAUGGACACAUUGAAACCAUUGUCGAGGAGCCCGAGUCCGAUUGGAAGGUCGAAGAUGCAGAGUCCACCGACGACGAGUCCGAGGACGAGUAUGAGAAGCCCAUCACCAACAUCACAUCUGUCGAAGUAGACUCCGAUAUGGAGGAUGACGACGAGACCGAGGAAGACCUGACACUCACUCGAACGGCCUCUCGACAUUCACCGCCCGAGCUCAGCCUCGACACCGACUCGUCGGACUCAGACGACGAGCAAAUGCCUCCCUCACCUCCGGCAACCACCAUGGAGGUGAUGAGUGAAAAGCAACGACAGGCCAUAGCCACCACCUCGUACUAUGACGCCAAAGACAACACGUCGCUAUCACCCGCCGAAUCCGAAACCCUGGAACAACAGGGUUUCUAUGUACCGUCAAGGCAACAGCCGACCAUAAUCGCUGCCUAUUAG